AUGCCUCAAAAUGAGUAUAUGGAAAGAUUUCAAAAACUGCACGGCAAACGUCUGGACCACGACGAGCGAGUGCGCAAGAGACAAGCAAGAGAAGGGCACGCACAAUCCGAAAAAGCACAGAACCUUCGUGGGCUGAGAGCCAAACUGCACCAGAAACAGCGCCAUGCCGAAAAGAUCCAGAUGAAAAAGGCCAUCAAGGCGCAGGAGGAAAAAGACGUCAAGUCGGCCGGGGCCAGCGAACCGUCCUCGACGCCGCUACCCAACUAUCUGCUCGACCGAUCACAGGCCAACAAUGCAAAGGCGCUGUCGAGCGCCAUCAAGAACAAGCGCAAUGAAAAGGCCGCCAAGUUCUCGGUGCCGCUGCCGAAAGUCAAGGGGAUAAGCGAGGAGGAAAUGUUCAAGGUGGUCAAGACGGGCAAGAAAACCGCCAAAAAGAGCUGGAAGAGAAUGAUCACCCAGCCGACGUUCGUGGGGCCGGACUUCACGCGGCGACCCGUCAAGUACGAGCGCUUCAUCCGGCCCAUGGGCUUGAGAUACAAAAAGGCAAACGUCACGCAUCCCGAGCUGGGCGUCACGGUGCAGCUGCCCAUCAUAUCCGUCAAGAAGAAUCCACAGAACCCGCUGUAUACGCAGUUGGGCGUGUUGACCAAGGGAACCGUUAUCGAAGUCAAUGUGUCCGAAUUGGGUCUCGUCACGACAGGUGGAAAGGUUGUAUGGGGUAAAUACGCCCAGGUCACAAACGAUCCAAGCAGAGACGGAUGUCUGAACGCAGUGCUAUUGGUUUGA